AUGAAGACACUUGUCCUCCUCUCUGCCCUUGUCUUGCUGGCCUUUCAGGCCCUGGCUGACCCUCUGCCAGAAGCAACUGAGGAGGCUAAAAAUGAGGAGCAGCCAGGAUCAGAGGACCAAGAUGUUUCCAUCAUACUUGGAAACCCAGAAGGCUCUGUUCUUCAAGGUCAAGCCUCAGCAGACCUGAAAUGCAAAUGUAGAAAAAGAUCCUGCAGAGGUUCUGAACAUGUCUCUGGGAUAUGCAAAAUAGGUCCAUUACGUGGGGUAUUCUGCUGCCGCUGA